UUGAAGCUGUCCGAGACGCAGAUCGUCUCAUCAUCUGUUGUUAUCCAUAUUCAAACCACGCUGCUCAUUCUGUUGAUAUUGUAGAAGCUCGUCAAAGUCAUUUGCAUAGUUGCUUUACUCAUACGUAAAAAAACUGUGCCAGUCGUGUGCUGUGUUAUAAUAGAAACAAAAAGAAAAACAGUAACUCGAUGGAAUUAGAGUCUCGGACCGCCAGUGGUGGGAACAUAGCGCGCCCAAACAAACCAGCGGAAUUGCUCGUACUAAUUUUCGAGUUUUAAUGGCUAAUACACGUUACUAGCGGGUGAUCUCGGCGCAGCGGACCGCGGACAAGCUUUAAAUGGGAGAGGAGGAGAGUAGAUAGAGCACUUCAGAAUAAGUACUUUGUGAGAAGUGAUCAAAGACAUCGGUAUUGAGAAGAUUCUGACAUGAUGGACAAUCUGAAUACUUAAGGUGGAUCAAACACAGCAGCUCCUCAUCUUGCUCAUGUGUUUCUUCAAUUUACAUUCUGUGAAUUGGAGUGAUCAGCUUCUUCCAUUCUGCUAGAGCGCUUCGUCCUUAUUUACUGCGCUCACUAAGUUGAUUUGUCAGGUAAUGCCAGGUACUUCAAAAGGAGGUGGACCAUCUGCAAUAAGUGUGGUUGUUACAUCUGCUUCUGAAUCUCCUACCAGCUCUGAUACUACCAGACGUCGUAUCUCUCCAAUCAAACUAGUGGGUGUAGGAGGAUUAGAGCGUCAGAAUUACUGUUGUGGCCACUGGUUUCCUUCAUCAAAGAGCUAUCACCGUCAUUUAGCUGAAAAAGCCCUUGUGGAUCUUACACAUGAAAUGAGACUGAUAGAGUUGGGAAUGUUGAGGUGUGCACAUUGCUCAAUGUGGGUGCACGUAGACAGUAUGAGUGGCCAUUUAAGAAAAAGUCAUGGCAUUAUUAAAGUAAAUAAGAAUCCAAAGUUUGUACCAAAUAGUGCAGUAAGUGAAGUUACUGGGAUAAGUCGAGACUCGCUAAAAACAGGAGCAAAUUUUGUAAUAAAGGUCAGUGGACAGUCUACUGUCAAGUCUUCUAAUGGAGAUAUUUCCUGUUCUAAUGCAAGUACUGUGGCAAACUCGAGUACAGUCAGAUUGGUUACAACAUCCAGUGGUAGCCUUUACCACAAAGUACACCAAUUACAACAUGGUAGUGUUGGUAAUGUUAUAGUGCAGAAGUCAACAAAUCAAUUACCUGUGAUCUGCAGAGGGCCACGAAUAGUUAUGAAGUCUGUUGGAAGAAGCGUUAUUCCAUUAAGCAAUUCCAGCAAUAUGCUGUCACUUCCUGACAGUUCCCAGACAGUAACAACAACACCAACAACAGCGAGAAAUGUUAAUGGCAUAACCACAGUCAAAAUCAGUGGAGGAAGUAUACUCUCCAGUACCACAAACAACCCAUUCCAAGCCAGUGUUGUUAAACCACAAGAAAAGCUACCAAAUGUAAAUGGACAAAAUUUUAAACUAAUUAAAAAGAUUGCUAAUAUAAAGUCAAAAUGCAAGACAAUUGUUUCCCAAAAUGCAGUUGCCAACCCCAGUGUGGAAAUACCAGUAUGUACAAAAACCAAAGAGAAAGGAAAGGCUACAUCAAGUGGAGAAUCUCUGGCAUUAAAGCCUUCACAGGUUAAGAAGAGUCGUAAACAAGUGCUAAAGCCCAAUUUACCCGAUAUAAGCUAUGUCGCAGAAACGUCAUCUUUGUCUGCAAAUGGAAAGACGAAGAAACGGGGAAGAAAGAGUUCGGCUGAAUCAGAAAUCGUUUAUCCUGAAAAAGCAAAUAGUAGUAGUCCCACUAUAAAUCACAAAGGAUGCAGGAGAAAAAGCAAGGAAAUGCCUGAUUCAGAAAAUUAUACUCCUAAAACCUUGAGGCACACACCUAAAGGUGCUAAAGGAGGGUACAAGAAGAAAAAGAAGGGACCAGGCCGACCUAGAAAAACAAACUUGAAUGAAACUCCAGAUCUUUCUGAAUUAGAUACGCUUUUUGACGAGGUUAAUAAAGAAGACCUCGAAAAUGAACCAGUUGCAAUGACCAAGAAAGAGGAUGAAAAUGUGCCUACUGUUGAACUUGAUCUUUUUACUUUACCGUCUCUCAAUGAACAAGUAUCUGUGCUACUUACUGAGCCCCAAAACCCAAACUUUAAAGUGUAUGCUAGUAUGGAUGCUAUCUUUGUUGGGGAUUCUGCAUUAGGAGAUGUUACCAACCAAAUAGGAUACAUUACAGAUGCAAAUAAUGUUGUUUAUGUUAAUCCUGGCCACUUUCUCUUUCCCAAUGUUGAAGACCUGGAAAACUUUGUGCCCAGUCCCAUACUGACAAUGAAGGGAGGGAAGAUUGGCAUCACUCCCGUAAGACAGAUAUGGAAACUUAAUUCAAAUAAAGCGAGUUCACCAGUUGUUCUUAGAGAUAUUAAAUUUACAAAUUCAAACAAUAGUAAAGAAUCCGUUAGUUCUGAUGUUAGUUCUGUGAAGGUGAAUGCAGAUAACAAAGAUUCUCAAACUACUACUGCUUCUGCAAAACAGAAAGUUAAUGAGAAGCAGUUGAAAAAGACUUCUGUUAUGACCAAUCAAGCUGAAAAUAUUUUGAAUGUGAAACCACUCAGAAUAGUUCAACCUGAUGUUGGUCAAGAUAUUGGGGAUAUGAAAACAAACAACAUAAUGGAUGCUAGGGAAGCUGAAACAUUAGUCUUUUCUAGAGAACAAAAUAUAUCAAAACCUGCAUCUGCAAGUCCAAAAGUGCAUAUCACAAGAAGGCAGAGAAACUCUCAAUCAAGUGAUGAAAAAGAGGACAACAAACUGAAUUUUAAUGAAAGCAUUCCUGAUAAGUCAUCAAAAGAUGAUGUUUCUUUGACUGAUAAAAAUUUAGUUGGACAGAACGAAGAUGAAGUAAAUACUAAAAAAUCUGAUAUACAAAGUAAUAUAAUUGAUAUUCAAGAUUUUGAUUUAGAAAGCUGGAAAUCUCCAGAAAGAAUACGGGAAACACCAAUCCUUGCAUCAGACAUAAAAGUUUUGAAGACCCCUGCAUUGUCAGACAUGGAAGGGUCUACUACCAAGGAAGAGAGAGUUUCAGAUUCUUUGACUCCCCCUAAACUUAAUUCUGGAACCAGUUUAGAUUCUCAAGAAUCUACAUGCAUAUCUCCGUUCAAGUCAAGUAACAUAAUUAUUACUCAAGAAGAAAUGACAGGUGAUUCUGGAUUACCCUUGAAAUCAAAUUCCCAACCAAUAAAUUCACCAUGUAAGAGUUUAAGUACAGAUGUUCUUAUAACUAAUAAGGAAGACAAUAAAACUGAAGAUGCAUUAAGACCUUCACCUCCGCCCGAGACCAACAAAGCCAGCCGUGAAAAGAACACAAGUUUGUUUAGGAGGAGGAGGAGGAGAUCAAGGACAAAAUCAGCAGACACUGUAAAUCAAUCAUCUUUGGCUACUCGGUGUGAUGUGAAAUCUGGUUGCAGUGAUGACAACUUUCGACAGCAAUCAAGAAGAAGAAAAAGUAGACAGCUAAGUGAGAGUUCGGUUAAUCAUAAAGAAAUUAGACUUAAUGAAGGGGAUAGGCUAACAGUUUCUGAUAUGACAUUUAGGUUGAGGAUGGAACAUUUACCAUCGAGACUGUCUCAACUGAGUGGAAAUAAAGAAGUUGAUGUGAAAGAUAAUUUAAUCGAACCUGAAUGUUGUAGUUCAGUUGACCAAAUGUCCUAUCCUUUAACACCUAGAAAUGCAAAAACGUCUCAUUCCAGAGCAGAGUUUAGUGCAGUUGAAAGUAAUUCGUUAGAAAAAGAAAUUAAAUGUUCAUUAAAAGGAAAAGAUACCAGGGAAAUAAAUGUCAGUUUGCAUGAUGAAGCUAAAAACAAAACUGGAGUGAGACUAGGGCGACAGAGGAGGAGGAGAAGCAGUAAGUUGGUAGAAACUUUAGGAAUUGAGCCACUAAAAGCAGACACUAGUACUGGAGUAAUAGAAGGAGCAGCAGUUAUAGAAGACAACAAGACAAGUGUUAAAGAGAGAUUAUCUGGAAUAGAGACUAUUGUUGAGACUAGAUCAGUGAGAGAGAGGCGACCAAGUUCUAAAUUACUAGAGAGUAUGGAAGUGAUCAGUAAAAGUCCAAAGAGAACUUAUUCGCCUCACUGUACUGAACAAGAGUUUUGCACAGACCUUGUUGAUCAGUCAUUGAUCCAAAGACAAAUGCCUGUUGAUACUACCGAGAAGCUUUGUAUAACUCGGAUUGACACGUUGUUAAAUAAAAAAGAGGAGGAAAAAUCUCAAUGUAAAGAAAAUUUGAAAGCAAAAAGUCCCACAGUUGAACAAUUAUCACCAGCGUCACCCUUAAAAGAAAGUGAUUUGUCUCCGUCUCGUGAAUGGCAUGGGCGUGGUGCAAAACUAAAGGCACAGGUGCUCAUUCAGGACCAACAAGCUGGAGUAACAGAUUCACAGAUAAUUCCACCUAUUCCUGAUGUGGUGACACAUUCCACAGAUACAUCUGUUACAUGUAGUAGUCCUGAGCCUCUUAGUCCAAAAACUGUAACAUCUACAGACAGUGAAACACAGGUAACUCCCUCCAUUCCACUGCCCAGAUCUCCAACCAUUACUAGUUCUCCAACCGUUCUUCUUUCUCCAACCGUUCCUCUUUCUCCAACCGUUCCCCUUUCUCCGACCAUUCCUCGUUCUCCGACCGUUCCUCGUUCUCCAACCGUUCCUCGUUCUCCAACCGUUCCUCGUUCUCCAACCGUUAUUAGUUCUCCAACCAUUACUAGUUCUCCAACUAUUACUACUUCUCCAACCCUUACUAGUUCUCCAAUCAUUACUCCAACCAGUCCCAUAGCUCCCAUGUCACCCAAGUCACCCAAAUCACCCAAAUCACCCAAAUCACCCCAAUCACCCAAAUCACCCAAAUCACCCAAGUCACCCAAGUUACCCAAGUCACCUAAGACACCCAAGUCACCAAGAACUUUACAAGAUAGAGAAUGGCAGGCAAGAGGAGCCAAACUAAAAGCCCAGAUUAAGAUAAGUGAUCAACAGAAUAAUGCAGUGGAGUGUACUGAAGAAGCAUUUUCAUGUAACUCUUCCAGCAUAGCAUUACCACCCAACAAAAAAAUUAAGUUUGAUAGCUCACCAGGGACAAACAGAGAUAUUCGUUCAUUCUUUUCUGUUCAGAAGUCUCCGGUUCAUAAAAGUGAUGAAAACAAAUGUAAAUUAAGCAGUCCUGUACACUGUAGUACUCCAAUAAUACCAGUCUGCAACAAGAAAAAAGUCAACAGAUCUCCAAAUGUGCAUAAUGACAUAAGAUCAUUUUUCUCGAGUGCAAGUGUAAAAAGAAAAUCAUCUUCGCCACAGAUGUCAACUACCAAAGUAUUAAAAACAGAAGAAACCUCCAUGAUCAGUUCUCAUAAGAAAUCGCUCAAAAUGCAAGAUUUAUGUGCUGUCCAACUCCUUCAUAAAGAAUGUGAACUUACAGAAAAUAGAACACCUAAUAUGUCUGUCUCUUCUCUUCCUGUUGCUUCUUGUAACUUUGAAGGUUUUGACAGGUGCUCCCGUCAGUCGGGACUCCGAGCCAAGUCUCUGAUGAGGCUAGUGUCUUUGUUAAGCAUGAAAAGGUGGUACCACAUGGGGAAAUUUCCUUUUCCCAUAGACCAGCUUUGUGAUUGGGAUGAUGAAAUGUUAAGUUACCUGAUCUUUGAUUCAAAUUAAUACAUACUGUACUAUUAAAAACCGUUUAUGAAAAUAGCUCUACAAAGUUUUUAAUUUUGGUUUUCUUAUAAUUUUCUUAUAAACACACACACACAGUAUUUACUAAUGCAAAAUUUCUGUUAAAUGGAAUUUAGUGUGUCUGUAGUAAGUGAAUUUCACUACAUUACACUCUUGUGGAGGGAAACAUGUUGAAGAUGUUGUUUUCAUAAUUUCAUUAUGGUCUAGAAAAUAUUUUACUGCAUCAGGUAUUAUUUACUCUUAAACUGGUGACUUGAAAUCGUACAAUCUAUAACUUAGGUAUUUUUCUUCACAAUAUGCAGUACUAUAUCAGAAACUGUAGAUAUUUCACAAUUUAUAGGUAGGUGCUGGUCUAACUGUCAGUUGUGUAACAAGGUUCACAAAAAAGGAUAAAUUCGCCUUGAUAAAAAGGUAAAAGCCGGCUUAUGGGAAGGUUUAUAGUUCUGUAAAAUUGAAAGUGUAUAAAUGUUUUGACUUUACUGCAUUACCUGUGUUAUCUUCAUGUCAGAAGUGGAAUAUUUCAUGAGAGAUCCACCGGUCAUUGACUUUGUUAAACUUUUGUUCAUGAGCUGUAUAGUUAUCAGAAAUACAAAUAAGACGUUACGCAUCGUUCACUUAAGUCAUAUUCACUCUCGCUCAAUCUUACUCACAAUGAAUCUUAUUCACUAGUGCACACACACACACACAUACAUGCUUCUCAUUUGUACCUAUUUAUGUGUGUUUUGGACACGUCUUCAUGUAUGCUGUGUGUACACAACACGCUCAUGCAUAUGUACAUGUCAGAUACAUGUGUACAUAGCUUCUACACAUGUAUUUAUGCAUGUAUUAGUGCCAUGUGCAAAUCCCAUGUAUGUACCAUGCACACAUCCAUAUUCACACAGCAUUUAUAUGCAUGUACAUACAAAUUCACCCCCAAAAUAUUAAAUUGUUUUAAUAUUUCCAUUUGUUCUCUCUGGUAACAUAUACCAAUGGCAACUGAACUUUCCAAAUAAUUUUUUUUUAUAAGCGCAGCUUUAAAAGUAUGAUCACUCUGAUGUAUUGGCUUUUUUAUAUUUAUUUAUAUAUAUAUAUAUGUCGUACCUAGUAGCCAGAACGCACUUCUCAGCCUACUAUGCAAGGCCCAAUUUGCCUAAUAAGCCAAGUU